AUGGUCUAUGGCACAUCAUUGCGAAUCCCCGGGGAGUUUUCCGUUGCCAGUAGUUCACCUGCAGAUCCCGCCUCGUUCGUGACCAGGCUCCGAGGCCUGAUAGGAACCAUCAGACCUGUACCAGCGGCGGACCACUCAGCGCGCCGACCUUUCUAUUUGAAGGACCUGGUCACCUGCAUGCACAUCUUUCGGCGAGUUGAGACCGUCCGGAAACCGCUCGAGCAGCCGUACUCCGGCCCACACGAAGUCGUCAGGAGAAUCAGCGAGAAGGUUUACGUCAUCCGGGUGGAUGGCCACGAGAGAACGGUGACAACGGACGCUUUGAAACCGGCCUAUCUCGCCUCGUCUGACUACGACGUCCUGCGACCACCUGGGGUGGCGGAUCCGAAUCACGAGCCACCGGCAACCGUCUGCACCGACAGCUCUGCCUUCAACGCUGGAGCCUGA